AUGUCCUCAGCUGGGCACCCCGAGAUGCCUCGGCACGGGCCCCGGCACGACUCGCACCACCACCGACCCGGACACCACGGCGGCGAACGGCACCACAACGCCACACGUUUUGCCGCUUUGGCAGACCUGCCUGCGGCGGCGCCCGGCGGUGUGCUUGAGCGGCUGCAGCAGUCCUUUGCAGACGAGCAUCUCGAGCUGGCGGUGCUGCUCGGUGCGAGCCUGCUGUGCUUGGCCGCGUGGGCGUGCCUUAGCUUCACCGCAGCCGUCCCUGCCUCGCCGUGCGCCCAGCCCAUCUCCAAGGCGGUCUCGUCUGAGAGGCUCGUCGAGCCAGUGGUCGAGGGCAAGCCGGUGCCGUCGAGCCGAGGCGACACGACGGUGUACCGGAGGCUGCGCAACCGGUACCUGGUGGCCUACUCGCUGGCCACCUUUGGCGACUGGAUCCAGGGCGGCUACCUCUACGCGCUCUACGCCAAUCACGGCUACUCGAUGCAUCAGAUCGCGCAGCUCUUUGCGGUCGGCUACAGCUCUGCAGCGACGCUCGGCACGUACACGAGCGCGAUCGGCGACGUGGGCGGGCACCGGCGCAACUGCGUCGCGUACGGCAUCCUCUACGCCGGCUCUUGCCUCCUUGCCAACUCUCCAGCCGGCCUCCCUAGAAGUGGAAGACGACAUUCGUACGCGGGCCUCGCCCUCGCGGCCAGCCGGCUGCUCGGCGGCAUCUCGUACUCCAUCCUCUUCACCUCGUUCGAGUCGUGGCUGAUCGCCGAGGCCGAGGCGUGCGAGCUGCCACGCGGCCAGCUCACCCAUAUCUUCGCCGCAUCCUCCUGCGUCUACGCCUUCUCCGCCGUCGUCGCCGGGAUCGUCGGCCACGUCGUCGUCGAGCUCUCGCCGCCGUCGGCCGAGGGGGGGCACAACCGAUUCGCUGCUCCCUUCAACGUCGCCGCGCCCGUGCUGCUGCUCGCCUCCUUCCUGUGCCAGGUGCAGUGGAGCGAGCGGUACGGCGACAGGCGGACGACGCCGAGCGCGUCGCUGCUCCGCUCGUGGCGUGCGAUCGUCGCGAGCCGCACGCUGCUAGCUCUCGGCGUGGUCAACUCGCUCUACGAGACGUCGCUCUACGCCUUCGUCUUCAUGUGGACCCCCUCGCUCGAGCGCCGUGCGCCGCACCAGAUCUCGCACGGGCUCAUCUUCUCCAUCUUCAUGGUGAGUAAGAUGGCGGGCGCGCAGGGCUUCGCGCUGCUCGACGCGUACGGCGUCUCGCCCACCAGUUGCCUGGGCGGUGUGUUUGCGGGCUCCGCGCUCUGCCUGCUGGUGCCUGUCGUCUCGAGCUCGUACGAGGCGCUGCUGCUCGCCUUCUCCGCCUUCGAGUGCCUGCUCGGGCUGUACUGGCCGGCCAUCGCGCUCGUGCGGGCCGGCGAGCUGGAUGACUC